CAGACAUUCAACUUGGACCCUGGCGAAUGAGAGGAUUCCCACCACCUCCCUCCUGACGUCGGAGCUUCACAUGGAAAAUUCUAGCUCUCAGCUCCUCUGCCAGCAUCGCCUAACGCACCAGACACCACCUGCAACACGGCGUAGAAAAUGUAUCGCCAUAUCGAAUAUCUUUGAGUUGGAACCCCGAGAGAUUCGCCUCAGGGCGAAGGGAGCUCCGAAAUGACUGACCACACCACCAACACCACCGCCCACGAUGUUAGCCCACCCUCCCAUCUGCGUCCACAGCGGGCGGCACGCCACUCCAGUGCGUUCGAACGAGGACCGUCCUCCAGCUUACAGACCAGCUUUAUAAACGUAUCACCCCCCGACUCUAACCCGGCACCGCUCCACGAGGAGCUCGACCCUCUAGCGAAGUCGUCGAUGCGCCUGGACAGCCGAAACCCGAUCGAGAAGCGGCGGUCACUUAAUGCGUCUCGUGGCCAUAAACAUCGACCCAGUGGUGCUUUUCUUCUCAACGAUCCUCUAUUCAACCCCCAUACUCGCGAGCGCGACGCGCAUAUCAACCCGCGAGCCAAUAGGCAAUACCGAAAGUCGACCGAUCAAUACAGGCUUCGAAAUGCUCAGCAUGACCAGACCAGACUCUACCCGAGAACUCUCUCGGGCAGCUCAGGGCCUUCUAUGCUCACUGGGGAGUAUGAGCCAACGGGGAGUGGCCACUCUGACCCAAUAUCGGCAUCCUCUACCCUCACCAGGCGCGAGCGCGACUCCCUUGCGGGGGACACAGCUGUUGGAUCAUCGCCUCGAACGAGCAUUACGCAAAUGGAUCUGGAAUCGGCACAGAUUGUUAAUAUGGCCCUAAACCUGAGCGAAUCCAGACGCCUCGCGUCUAGGAGAAGCAUUACGCAGCCAGCGCUACCUAGGUUGGCACCGUUGCCUGAUGGUACCACAGGAGGCAGCUUGAGACAUCACCUUCAGCAACAAAGAAGAAUUUCACAAACUAUCUCUCCCAAGCCUGAUCGGUCACCGAGGAUAGGUCCGGGGAGGGUGCUCAGCCCUCUACAGCCAGCAUUUGAACCCGAAGGGGGCUACCGCUACCAUUUUUCUCAAUCUACUUUGGCACGCGCGCAGAAGGCGAAAGAGUAUUUGGACCUCAUGGCCCAAUACAGAAGAGUCUUAGAACUGUUGCCGCCAUUGGAGAUGUCUAGAACUUCCACCAACGAGUCUGAGACUAGGAUUGGACGCCCGUACAAUCCUCUUCAGUACAUACGCAAUCGCAAAGUCAGAGCCCGCGAGCGGAAAGCUAUUGAUGGUGAAGGCCAGGGGUUUAAUGAUGUCCCCAGAGUAUCUGAGUGGAUUGACGAGGUUGCCAAAUGGGUGGCCACCGGUCAAGCUCGAAUACCAGGCAAUUCUGCCUUGCCCCCUUUUUCAGGCGCACAAGCUGCAUCAUUUCAAAGCUCUCCGCCAUCCAACGUUUCUCGGUCAACGACCUCUGCUGCUAAACCAAAGAGACCGCGAGUUGACUGGGCGAUUGAUCCUGCAGACAUGAUCGCAGAUGUCUACUGGCUGGAGCUUGAUGAUAAUAAACGGCUGGUAGAGGAUCGCCAUUGGAAGCGAGUGUUUCCCCAGGGAACGGACGCUUCCAGGCCAUUGCCAUUACGCGACGAGGCCCCACGGUUGACAACACCGGGCUCAACUAAAGAUUCUUCAGACUCUGGCGAAAAGCCACAGCCAGAAGCCCCGCCACCCAAACAUGAGCAUGAGCAUGUCCUGAGUACAGCUAGGGAUCGCGCACAGCAGAAGCUACGAGCUCUGAAAGGAUCCCAUCACCGCCAGAAUAGUUCUGUUAACAACAGAGAUUUUCUGCGUAUCCGAAGAGCCUCUGUAUCCGAAUCAUCAGACACAGACAGUGACAGGCGGCGGCGGGCCAGAGCCGGCACUGCCACAACUACUGUAAGAUCUGUUUUGGAGAAGCAGAUGGAGGAGAUGAUAGCCAGGGAACAGAGGGAGUCGGAGUCUUCACCAGCCCUUUAUGACCACGAGGCGCUACGUAUGAAGUUUGCUAGCCUCAACCCGGCGACCCCUGAGCGAGAUCUUUUGAACAACGCCGCAUCAGAUGCGACCCAAACUAAGCCUUUGUCUCGUGGGACGGAUUCGCGCGCCGACUUGAGCGAAAGCGAAUGCAGGCUCACAGGCUUACACCACCGUCCUUCUCCACCUGUUCCGGGCCGUGCUAGUCUCGAGGUCCCUUCGAGAGGUAGAAGAUUCUCGGUGGAUUAUGAUACGUCACAGCCCAACUCCCCAGAUUUGCGGCCAAAUCGAGAUGUCGGUCUAGUCCCAGCAAUCGGGAUGGAUUUAUCACCCUUGUCCAGCAGACCAAGCUCUCCAUCACGAAACCCGCUGAGCAAGGUUAAGAGCAUUUUCCGUGAGCGUAGUAAGGAGCGCAUUGCGGACAAUUAUGCAAGCGCAGAAGAGCCCGAGACACCAGCGCCGCUGAACGAGAAGCUCUUUGCCUCGCCCGAGCCGGAUUGGAGUGCCGUGUCAUCCCCGGAAAGAAGACCAUCAAGGAGUCCGAUCGGCAGGAUAGUAACCAAAGGCACAGACUCGAGUCACCGAUCACAUAAGAGUGUCGGCAGUGUCAAGCUUAAACCUGAAGAUGUUGGAGGCGGCCUCAGGUCGCUGUUCCGUGGCCCUCGUAUCGACACUGUCCUGCGAAGCGGCGUGUCCAAGAUCAGUGAUAUGGUUUGGCGAAAGGACGCUGGUGAUGAUCAGUACUCUACCACUUCGUCAGAUUCUGAGGCCGAGGCCAGGGGUAGGUCCCGUGGUCCUCGGGUUUUUCGACGGGGUCAUGGUCGGACGCCAUCGACGCAAAACGGAAAGCAUCAGGUUGAGCCUUUACCACAGGUCGUCUCGGUAGCAAACACCGCCAAGCCACCGAACAGUGAACAGCAAACUGGGUUGCUACCACACCCACCAGCACAGCCACUCAGCCGACGAUCAUCGCGGUUCGACCUCCUCAAGCCGCCAAGGAUCGAUAUUCAAAAUGCAUCACCAAGUGCAUCGCCGCCUCACUUGUUGGAGAGGCGCAAGGAACAGGUUGAAUCAGACGCAGAGUCCCGGAAGAGCGCCGACUGGGGGAUCGAUCGUACCGAUAUGGCACCACUACCCUUUCACAAACCCCGACAAUUCUCUACCGUAUCUUCCAGCCGCCACUGGUCCAUUGCCGACCGUGGCGGUAGCACUCCAACGCGGCCAGCAAUCUCCAAACGGGAAAUCGCCCGCUUGAAGGCGCUGAUUCUCAGCUCUGGAAUCCAUGCAAUGGAGGUAGAUCGCCGUGCCAAAGAGCGCAAGCUUUUGACGUCCCCUCACUCCUCCCAUAUCUCUAGCCACUCCCCAGAUGGCCAACCGGACUUUGCCUGGAAGGACGUUAUAUCCCUAUGUCCUGACCCAGAAACGAGACACAGAUUGGUCACUCGCCCCGUUGCUCAAAUAGAUCUCUAUCCCCUCGCCGCACGGACUCUGUCAUCUGCAAUGGAGGCCACAGCCGCGCAGUUUCAAUUCACGCACGACAAGUUCGCCAGGGAGACGGCGCCCCACUUGGAGAAGAAGGUCGAGGCAACAAGGUGGAAGAUCGCCGGGGAGCUGACCGACCUCGCGCAUAGGGCUGCGGACGAGGCGGACGAGGCGAAUCAUGAUUUGGUUGCGGGCCAGAGGCUGAAGGUCAAGAGGGUGGUGGACCACAUUGAGAAGAUGUUGCGGCGCCGUAGGAGGCGGUUUAGGUGGCUUAGGAGGGCGGGGUGGUUGGGAGUGGAGUGGGUGCUUGUUGGGUUUAUGUGGUGGGUUUGGUUUAUGGUGAUGAUUUCGAGGGUGGCGAUUGGGCUUGGGAGGGGAGGGUGGAGGUUGGUUAGGUGGUUGCUGUGGUUGGAGUGA